UGGCAUCUCGGAGGAUGGCGCUCUCGACCUUCUUGAUCCUGACGGGCGGGUGAAGGCCAGGCUGGGCGGUCUACGCGCGUCAAUAAACUCUAGGAAGGCGAAAAGAGACCCGAAGCGAGACAGCCACCCGAGCGCAAAACGAGGCAACUCGCUCGGCCUGACUCCUGACUGCGCCUUUAAGGAUAGUCGUCGGGGGCGGAGCAGGGAGUGUCCCAGGCAGGCGCUGAGGUUGCGCGGCCGGAGAAGUGGGACUCCUUGGGGUUGCGGCGGCGGCGAGUUCGGCUUCGGGUGGGCCUAACGAGAGGAAGCGAGGGCGCACGGCGGGAGCGCUGCCAGCAUGGACUGGGGCACGGAGCUCUGGGAUCAAUUUGACACGGUUGAGCGGCACACUCAGUGGGGCCUGGACCUGAUGGACAGAUAUGUCAAAUUUGUGAAAGAGCGGACAGAAAUUGAGCAGGCAUAUGCAAAGCAGCUGAGAAAUCUUGUGAAAAAGCACCUUCCCAAGAGGAUCGCCCGAGAAGAUCCAGACACAAAGUUUUGUCAGUACCAGGCUUUCCUUCAGGUGGUGAAGGAGCUGAAUGACUUUGCAGGACAACGGGAGGUCAUAGCAGAGAACCUUCUAACCCAGAUCUGUGUGGAGCUUUCCAAGGACUCGCAGGAGCUGAAGCAGGAGAGGAAAUUGUAUCUGCAAGAAGGCCGAAGGGCUCAGCAGCAGUUAGAGAAUUCCUUCAAGCAACUUGAAAACAGCAAACGCAAGUUUGAACGUGACUGUCGGGAGGCUGAGAAAGCUGUGCUGAAUGCAGAGAAGCUGGAUCAGGAUAUCAAUGCUACCAAGGCAGAUGUGGAAAAGGCAAAGCAGCAGGCCAACCUACGUAGUCACAUGGCUGAGGAGAGCAAAAAUGAAUAUGCUUCGUGUCUUCAGAAGUUCAAUCACAAUCAGAACCAGUUUUACUUUCUGGAGAUGCCACAGAUCUUCAAUAAGAUGCAAGAGAUGGAUGAAAGACGGACGCGGCAUCUCAAGGGAGGCUACAGCAUCUUUUCAGAGAUAGAACAGCAAGUCAUGCCAAUCAUUGGCAAAUGCCUGGAAGGCAUGAAGGCAGCUGCAGAGGUGGUUGAUGAAAAAAAUGACUCGAAAGUGUUAAUUGAACUGCACAAAUCAGGUUUUGAAAGGCCAGGAGACAUGGAUUUUGAAGACUUCAGCCAACCCAUGAAUCGCACCUCCUCCGAUAGCAGCCUGGGCACUCCCCGGGGCACUCUUGACGGCCGGCUGGACCCCCGUCUGCUGGGCAAGAACAAGGGAAAACGCUGGCUCUUCAGUAGGAAGAAUAAGCUCCCAGCCCCUCCCCUCUCCCCUAUAAAUUGCCCUUCGUCCUCAUCUUCCCCCUCCUCCUCUGCCAUCAAUGGACCUCCAUCCCCCAAAUUCACCCGUGACCCUCUGUCUUACUGUUUGAACGAGAUCAAUAAGACAGUCAAACCCCGCAUCACGUCCUUCCGCAGCCUCAGACGGGGGACUGUGAUCACAGAAGACUUUAGCCAUCUGCCUCCAGAGCAGAGGAGAAAAAAAUUACAGCAGAAGAUUGAAGAAAGAAACCGGGAGCUGCAGAAAGAGCUGGAUCAGAGGGAUGCCUUAAAUAAAAUGAAGGAUGUUUACCAAAAGACACCACAGAUGGGAGAUCCCAAUAGUCUUGAGCCAAAGAUCUCAGAGACGCUGGGCAACAUUGAGAGGUUGCGUCUAGAGAUCCAGAAAUGUGAAGCUUGGCUGGCAGAUGCUGAGAGCAGGAUGCUGAGCAACCGCCCUGACACGGUUACCCGCUACAACCGCCACUUGGAUCCUGCCAGUGCCCUGAACAACAACAGCUGCUCACAUGAAAAAGACAGCCCAGACACUACUCAUUCUAACGAGAGCCAGGACACACUCAACCAACCCAUUUACACAGAGUUUGAUGAGGACUUUGAAGAGGACUUGGCAUCACCUAUCGGGACCUGUGUGGCCAUGUAUCAGUUUGAAGGUUCCAGUGAGGGCACCAUUUCCAUGCAGGAAGGUGAAGAGCUCAGCUUGAUGGAGGAAGACAAAGGUGAUGGGUGGACACGUGUACGGCGGCGUAGCAAAGGGGGUGAGGGUUACGUCCCCACCUCCUAUUUGCGACUGAAUGUGAACUGAGGGUGGGGGGGACUGACAGCCAAGUUCCAAGCGCUGCACCAACAUCAAGUCUGAAUGGAAGAGAGGUGGAGUUUCAGGUGCCUGGAAACAGCUCCAUGAUGGAGUGAGAAAGGAAAAGGAGGAAUUUGGGUGAGACAGUAAAAGAAGGAAUUUGCACCAAAUCACUACUGCAGGACUGCGAGACAAGAACUAUCAGAAUAACAAAACAAUGGCUGUGGCCUGCUGAAAGCAACGUUUUGGAUAAGAAUACAAGAGGGGGUUGACAUCCAGCUAGUAAUUGUUCCUCCUUUCCUGCAUUGUCUUCAUGGCAGUUACAAAAUAUUCCUUAUGAAAUGCUCUCCAGCCAGAGCAGCCAAAAAACGUGCAACUUCGCAUACAGGAAGAUUCCUGAAUUUGUGGCUCUGGGCUGUGGUCGUUGCCCCCUCGGAUGAAACGCAUGGGUGGACACACGCUUCGACCUUUCCUGGCUGCAGCAGCAGAAAGGCUCCCGUUCUGCUUUAAGGGCAGAGCCAGCUGUCCCUCCUGCUCAUCGCCAGGUUGGUCAGAGCAGAGCACGCUCUCCAGAGAAAAGUUUCUGCUUUUAUGCUGCGUUCAGUAGACUGCGUCCAGACCUCAAGGGGGUUGUGGGUGCUCCGGAGACUAGGGUGCUCCAUAUUUGGGGAGGAGCCCGGGCUGGGUUAGAAGCCUGGACUGUGCAUCCUUAAGACUGCUGCUAUGCCUGUUGUUGACUAGAAGCAGAGAGAGGGGGGAGGAUAGCUGCUGGGCACACCAGUCACCUCCCAGUGCUACUUCAAUUAGAUGCAAGGUUCACCAAAGCCUUCUUGCCCGAGGGCUGGCCAAAUGCCACACAGGUGCCAGACCAACAUCUGUAUGUUCUUUCCUUGAAAUGCACUUUAUAGUUUCCUGGAUUGGAUUGGCCUGGCUCAUUCAGCCAUUCAAAAGUGCCUCUUCCAGAGCAUUCAGGUUCGUUUCCCCCUUGGGGAAUACAUUACAUGACAGCAAAAGCAGGUGGCUCUGGCCUCUUCCUCUCCUGUCUCUGUGUUUGUUUUUUUAAAGAAGACUCUAUUGUUAGUUGUUUUAUACAGUGACCAAUUUAUUUUACCACUCAGUUUAACAUGUUCACAUAACCUGUAAUGUAGCCUCAGCUCUCAUCCCUCCAGCCUUGGAAGGGAGGGGCCAAAACCUGCCCCUCCCUUCUCUCUUGAGAUGUAGAAUGUAUUUCUGGGUGCCUUUUUACACUUUAUGUAAAUAGUAGCGGGGGGAAAUUAACUGGAUGCCUGUGCAGUUGCCUUUUUGUUCCUCUGGCCUCCAAGUGUGGACUUUUAAGAUCUGCAACAUUUAUGUCACUGUUUGGGAGCUAAAAGACUCUCCUCUACCUUUCCUGUUGUGCACAGUUCACCCCUCUGCAAGGGAGAGCUGGAGGAGAAAGCAAGAGGCAAAUGCCACAGGAAGCCAAGGCAUCCAGCAGUUCCCGCUUGCUUCUGCCUGUCCAGAGAGCAGCACAAACGAGGGGGCAGAGUGUGGGGGGAGGGGGAGGAGGAGAAAACAGGUUUGUUGUCUGACACUGGACUGGCACUGUUGUUAGAUCAGUAGGGGGAACAUUCCCCUCACCUCCACUUGUGCUUACCCAGGUAGUGCUUCUGUGCAACUUGCUCAUAAAUCUGGAGAGAGGCCUGACUACUGUCCGCUUGGACAGGUGGGGGGGAAUGCCGUGCUAUGGAAGUAGCUGCUAGCUUCUGCUGGUCAAAUAAAAACCUAAGAGCUACACUGCAUCAGACCAAAGACUCAUCUGACCUCGUAUUCUCCUCCCAUUGGGGCCAAGUAGAUGAUCCACAACAGCAACAGUACUUUUAUGCUCAUGUUCCUCAGCAAAGAAAGAUACAAUGCUGCUAGCUGCUGGUAACCUCACAUUCUGUGCAGGAGUCGAAUUCUUCAUUAAAGUUGUCCAAGUUGGUGGCUGUCUCUAGAUCAGCGUUUCUCAACCUUGACAACUUUUAAGAUGUGUGGACUUCAACUCCCAGCAUUCCCCAGCCAGCCAUGUUGGCUAGGGAAUUCUAGGAGUUGAGGUCCACACAUCUUAAAGUUGCCAUGGUUGAGAGACACUGCUCUAAGUCAUGUGAGAAAGCAGGAUUCCACUGUGAGUCCUGUCUGAAGGCUUUCCUCUGUCCUGCCUGACUCUUCGGUGAUUGACUUCAAGUGCUGGGAAAAAACCUUUAUUUAUCUGCACUGGCAUUAUGUCAAAAGGGAUACAUAUAAGCUUUCUCCCUGCUUGAGCUUGUCUGAAGGUCUUAUACAGGUAAGGGAGAAAAUCCUCCUUAAGACAACCUCUGUCAAAACUUUUCUCAAGUACUGUUUAACUUGAAGAAAAAAGUUCUGAAAAUAAUUAUGCACAUUUCUUUCCAUGUAAGACAAGAAUCAUACUUUAAAAAGGGAGCAGUAUUAACUGCAGUAUUCAGUUCUGUGUAAUGGAACCAUAACUACCAAAACAGGAAAAGUGUUCCAGCUGAGGAAGUUGCUUUCUUGUCUCAGAUGACAUGGGCUCUACUAACUUGGAUAGGAAUGCACUGCGACCUUUGGGUGCAGUUAAUCAUCUUGGAAGCCGUUACUUUCUGGGUUUGGGGUCUGUAAACCAAUGCUGUGAAAUUUCCAGUCAGGAUACGAAUAGGCAGAGAGCAGAGUUAUUUUCAUAGCAUGUAUUGAUUAAAAAUCAUCCACUGCU